UUUGGUGGAGUGUGCUGAGGCGGAUGUGUUAAACUGUUUUCCUCAUGAAUAUACUUUUUUUAUUCCCGCGGUUCUGUCUCUGUUUGUAGCGAAGGAGACGUUUAACUCAGCACUCAGGAGGGGCGGCGUGUGUUUCGUGGGGAGGUUAAGACGAAGGCCAUGGUGGUGAACAUUCUCAAGUCACGCAGCUUGGCCCUGCUCUACCCCAACGCUGCUGCUGCUGCUGCUGCCACUGCUGCCACUACUGGUGAUGAUGUUGAUGCCGUCAUGGUGAGAGUGGGGGGCAGGUGUCCCAGCGAGGAGCCUUAGUCAAGAGCCUAACAUGCAGAGGGCUGUGUCGGCCCCAUGCGUCCCAUGGGUGUGAUCACGUGUGCAGCCCCCAUGAACACCUCCGGCAAUGACACUUACCUUCACAAGAAGUUCAAGCGUGCCCCCAUCGAGGCGUCUGAAGCCCUCGACCACCAGCACCUCCACCCCAGCCUUCAGAAUGAGGCCCCGGUGGGCCUCGUCAAGGCCGCCUCCCCUUGCGUAGAGGCGGCCCUCACCCCCACCAAUGGCUUGCUGGCUGCCCCGCUGGCCUCCACCCCUGCAGCGGCCCUCAGCCCAGCAGCCCCCGAGGGGGAGGAGGCCCGGCGGAGGAAUGGCCGGGGCGGCAAGUACAAGUGUGAGUACUGCGGCAUGGGCUGCGCUAAGCCCUCAGUGCUGGACAAGCACAAGCGCACCCACACCAACGAGCGGCCGUACAGCUGCAACCAGUGCAGCACCGCCUUCAAGACCAAGAGCAACUACCUGAAGCACACACGCUCGCGCUCCCACGCCCAGCGUUGCGACGGCCCCGACGGCAGCGAUGGUGCCGCUGAGUCCGGCGACAACGGGGAUGGGGAGGAGGCCGGCCACUGCCCCACCCCCCCACACUGCCUGCCUGCUGACCUCUCCCUGGCCAGGAACCAUAUCCCGCCAAGCUCCACCCCGACCUCCCGGGGCCCCCAGGAGUCCCUCAAGGACCAGGGGGCCUCCAUAUACAAGCCCAAGUUUAGGGUGCGGCAGUCCUUCUCCCCUGGGCUUGGUGAGACAUCCCCACCUAGGACGGAGCAGCAGGCCAUCCCCCCAGGGGACCCCCAUGAUGGACACACCUCCAUCACCUCAACAUAUCAUGCUGCUGCCUCUGCCCUGGGCCACCCUGGUGCUCAGCCUGGCCAGCCUGGCCUUCCCCGCCACUGCCGGCCCCCUCAGGAGGUGCGUGUCGCUCCCAGGAAGGAAGACGUGUCCCUUCCCGGCCCCUGCAGCUCCGCUGCCCCUCUUAAGAGUGUCUCCUUGUGGGGCAUGAAGUCCCCUAGCCCAGAGCUGGUGGGGCAGCACAUCAACAAGCUCAUCGUGGAGAAUGAAGCCAUCAUAGAGACCCACAACCCUUUGUGGCCCCGACACAAGAGGCAGCCCUACAAGAGGCAGCCCAGCCUGGGCUCCUCCUCCAGCGAGAGCGACGGCUCCAGCGGCAGCAAAAGCCGGCGGGGCAGCCUGGCCGACCCCAGCACCAAGAGUUCAAAGGGCGGAGUGUCCGCCCCCGCCCUGCAGGGCCAGCUCAGGGAGAGGAGUCUUUCCCUCACCUCCGAGGCCGUCUUGGCCGAGCCCCGGUGUUCGUACAGCCCCUGUCUUCCACCCGCCACCCCCCACCUGCCUCUUGCUCAGCCCGUGGUCAGUGCUUCCAAACCUUCCAUAUCAUUGCCAGGACUCACUACCUCUUACUCUCAGUCGCCGCCGCCGCCGACCCUCCUUGAGUCUGGCCUCUACGACACCUCCAGGAAGAGGUGUGUGUCCGAGGGGCCCAACAUCCCCAGGGACCUCACCAAGGGACGGCCCGCCCGGCCCCCGGAGGACCAAGCAGACCUGCUGAGGCAGCAGCACCCCCGCAACCCUGAGGGCUCUGUUAUCAAGAACCUGCUGCUGGGAUCCCAGGGGCCCCUGGAUCAGCGUGGCCGGUUUCUGGCCCAUGGUGAGGCGGGGCCCAUCCUCUGCCCCAGGUGUAGGAUUCCCUGCAGGAGCCUUGAGGACUUGGAUAUGCACAUACGCCACUUCUGUAGCCAGCGUCCCGCCCUAGGGGUGGAGCGCAGCACCCCAGACCUGGUCAAGAAUGGGGAGGGUGGGCGGUGGGCGGGGGAGCAGGAUGUGGCCCUGGACCUCCAAAAAAAGCCGGAGCCCAUGGAUGCCGAGCGGUCCUCCUCUCGGGGCUCCAUCAGGAUGGAGGAUCACCCUCAGGAGUCCCACCUCCAGCAGCACUCCCCCAAGGUGUAUCGCAGCAGGUCAGCCCCCGAGGGUGCAUCUCCGCCUGUCAAGAAGAGGAAGACCUCAGCCUCCGACGAGCGGCCCCUUCCCUUCCCCCCCAAAGGCCUGGAGGGCACCAAGCUCAACAACCACCAGCUGUUUGGCGGCGAGGUGCAGAUCUGUGACGGCCAUGAGCGCAAAACUCUGAGGAUAGACCCCGGCCAGCCGGCCAGCCCCGCCCUGGACAUCUGCAUCCCCCCCCAGCAGCUGGGUGCCCCUGGCCUGGCCAAGGCAGAGACCUCGGUGCCCACGUCCGUGGUGGUGACCAUUGCCAAGUCCAGCCUCCACUCUGGGGGCACCAUGGUGCAGGUGGAGAGUCAACUGAGCACCACCACUAAGACCACCCCCAGCCUCACCUCAGCUGCCCCCUGCCUAGAACAGCCCCCCACCCCCAUAGCCAAGGUGCCCCCUGCCACCUCCCUCUAUGCCGCCGAGGCCGGCCAGUUCCCGUCCUUCCCUGGCUUCAUGGAGUUUGCUCCCCACCUGCAACUCCCUAACCUGGCCAUCCCCGGCAUCCCCACCCCUGACCUGGCCAGCCUCUCCUUCACCUCCUACUGCCCCCGUGUGCCCAAUCCUGCCCUGCUGCACACCCAGGGUGCCGGGCCCCACUCCAUGCUCAACAACCACAAGCAGGCCCUGGCCAGGUCCCCGGUGGGCCCCCCCAGAGUCUCACCCACCCCUCCCUUCCUGGGGGGCCAAGCCCCAGCAUCCUCUGGGGUCAUCCACAGCAGCAGCGGUGGCCGCACCAUUGGUGGUGAGCCGGGGCCGGGGGCAGGGCUCUCCCAGGCCCGGGACAAGGAGAAGGAGGCCCUCAUGGCCAAGGGGCUGAUCAGGGCCUCAGGCCAAGGCUUCCCCACACUCAUACCCUUUGGGGAUACCAAGGUGCCACAUGUGCCGGGCAUCCCUGGGCCAUACUCGCAGUCCAACCUGGUGUGCCCCAUGCCCGGUGCUGGCCAGAGGCGCCCGCCGGCUGUCUUCACCCUCCCCUCGCAGACCUCCACCACCUUCAGCACCUCCAUCACCUCCGUCCAAGCCAGCUCCCCGAGGGAGCCUGGCCUGGUCGUGCCCAGGCAGCGCGAGCCCCCUAGGAGCCCGGGGCGGGAACACAGCCUUGUCGCUGGGGGCACCAUCAGGCUGCCCCAGCGCCUCUCCCCCAAGGACCUCCUCAUCCCCCGGCCCCGGCCCUCCAUUGCCUCCCCCAGAGUGCCGGACCUAAAGCCCAUCACCCCAGAGGCCAAGCCUUACCUGCCCCCAUCAGAGAACAAGCCCCCUGAGAAGGCUGCUGUCUCCCCUGAGUCACGGGAGUCAGCCAGCCCUGCCAAGAGUGACUCAGCGGACCAGGAGGAGUUUUUGCCCCCCAGGAAACGUCCAAACUUCCUGGACAUCAAGCCGCAGCCCUUCACCCCCAAGUCCUCGCUGGCCCUGAUCGGCACCACGCUGGUCAGCCCCGACACUCCGCGGCCCAAGAAGAGCUGCGUCCAGAUGUUCCUCAACGGCUCGGCCUACACCUACCUGGGCCACAAGGUGUCCACCAAGUCCUACUUCUGCUGCAUCUACCGGCCGCAGCCCAUGUUUGUACUGCAGUCCACCGACUCCAAGCUGUCCAUGUACUCCAACUGGCAGAGCAAGCCCGCCAAGGAGCACCCCUUCAAGCUGGAGCCCUAUUCCGCCAUGAGCCUGUACCAGUCCUGCAAGCGUGACCGCACCUACACCGUGGCCCGGCCCAAGGAGCUCCACCUCAUCCAAACCCACUCCUCCUACUGGGCCUUCAAGCAGCAGAAGGAGAAGCACAAGGAGGAGGACGAGGUGGGUCCAGGGGACAAAGAGGCCCUUGAGGUGAAGAGUGAGGACCUGGGCGGCGGCGGUGUGGCCAAGGCCCUUGAAGUCAGCAUGGGGGACGGCACCAGCGUGGUCAUAAAACGCGAGGCUGAGGACACUGGCGGGGAAUGUCCCGGCCGCAGCAGUGACGACAGCGAGGGGGCCGAGGGUGGUGGUGGCAGUGGCACCAAGCGUAUCAAGAUCUUUGAGGGCGGCUUCAAGAGCACGGAGGAUUACACCUAUGUGCGUGGCCGGGGCCGCGGCCGCUACGUGUGUGGCACCUGCGGCAUCCGCUGUAAGAAGCCGUCCAUGCUGAGGAAACACUGCCGCACCCACACCGACCUCAGACCCUACGCCUGCACCCACUGCUCCUUCAGCUUCAAGACCAAAGGCAACCUGACCAAGCACCUGCGCUCCAAGGCACACUACAAGCGCUGUGUGGAGAUGGGCGUGGUGCCGGUGCCGACGGUGGUGGACGAGAGCCACGUCAACGAGGCGGCCCUGGCACUGCAGGGUAAGCUGGAGCGGGAGAGGAAGCCAGACGGACUGGACGGGGAGGAUGAUGAUGAAGAUGACGAUGAUGAUGAGGAGGAGGAUGGUGAUGACGAUGACGAGGAUGAGGAUGAUGAGAUAGGGAUGGACAGCAACCAGUUCCAGGAUGCUGCCAAGGAGCGCCUCAGGCUGGGAGUGUCAGCACCUGGCACCCCCUUAGUCAGCACCCUCGGCACAGGCACCGCUCGGCCUGGCGAGAGUGUCGGUGCCACGCCGCCCAGGUCUGGGGUGUUGGUGAUGCAGCAUGGGCCUCUCCCCUGCCCUCCCUCCACCUCCUUACCCCAUUCCUCUUCUCUUGUCACCUCAUCUUUGUCCCUACCAUCCACUGCAUCCUCCAACUCCUCCACCAACACUACAGCUGCCAUCAUCACCACCACCACCAGCACCACUUCCUCCUCUUCUGCAUCAUCCAUCUCCUCUCCUUCUUCCUCCUCCUCCUCCUCCUCUUCCUGCAGCCCUCCUUCCCGUGGUGACUCCACCAGAGACUGCCCCAUGGACCUCAGUGUGCGGCGGGGUGGCGGUGGCGGGGGGGACAAAGGUGCCCUGCGGCGACCCAGCUUCCUGCCUGUUCUGAGUCGGCCGUCAGUGCUGGAGCUGUCCAGCAUGGCCGCCUCCCCCUCCACUCCAUCCACCCCAAUCCGUGAGCACCCCUCAGAGAUCCUGUCUCCUGUCACAGAGACCUCCAGCCUCCUCAAGUCCAUCUACCAGACCACAGAGCGUGCCGCCCAGGCCUCCUGCGUGGUGUUGGACCCCAGCGGCGAGAAUGGCAGCAGCCGCUCCAUGCUGCACGCCUACCUCAAGGAGCGCGCCAUGCUGGACACAACCAUCAAGCGCCAGCAGUACAGCUCCUCCUCCGACGGCUCCCCCGACUCCCCUCACCUGCCCCCAGGGGAGGCCCAGGGGCAGCAGCAGCAACAGCAGGGGACCCCAGAGGUCAAGGAGGCCAAGGAGAGGGAGGGAGGCACUCCCCCAGCACCCCUCUCGACCAGCACCACCAGCACCACCACCUCCACUGUCACCUCCACCAUCACCUCCACCAUCACCUCCACCAUCACCUCCACCAUCACCUCCACAGGCACCACCAUCAUCACCACUGCUAGCCAGCCUCCCCCCUCCUCGUCCUCCUCCUCAUCCUCCACCAGCUGCUCCACCUCCAGGAUGCCAACACCGCCCGCCAACCUCACCGUCAUGAACAGCGGCGGCCUGGACACCAAGACGGCCUUCCUGGUGCCCAGCGGCGUGGUGCCCUCCUCCCUCAACAGACUCAGCAGUGAUGAUGGGAAGUGUAAGUGCACCUUCUGUCACAAGGAGUUCAACAAGCAGUCCCAGCUGAGCCUCCACAUGAACAUCCACUACAUGGAGCGCCCCUUCCGCUGCGAGUCCUGCGCUGUCUCCUUCAGGACCAACGGACACCUACAGAAGCACAAGCGGUCUGUCAGCCAUUUCAACAAGGUCAACAUGAACAACACCUUUGGCACGCCCAGCACAGACAACCCUCGGCCCUUCAAGUGCCACGACUGCAAGAUUGCCUUCCGCAUCCACGGCCACCUGGCCAAGCACCUGCGCUCCAAAAUGCACAUCAUGAAGCUGGAGUGCCUGGGCAAGCUUCCCUUCGGCACCUACGCUGAGAUUGAGCGCUCCGGUGCCAACCUCAACGAGAUAGACACCACAGACUGUGAUAACUCCCUGGAGAGUCUGCAGGCCAUGGCGUCGAGGCUGUACGAGAAGGAGCCCACCAAAUUAGCCGCCUGGAGGACUCAGCAGGGCCGGCAGCACCAACGCGUCCGCACCAUCAGCAACUCCUCCACCAACUCAGACGACUACCCUCUGCAGGAUGACCAGGACGACCCCGUGGCAAGCUGUGGCCACGACGAUGACACAGAGGGUGAUGAUGACGAGGAGGUGGCAAGCGGACAGAGGGACGGGACGGGCCGCAGCAGCCUCCCUGGGGUGGUGGGGGGGCCAGCGGAUGGCCACCCACAGCCCCUGCCCUCCAGUGAGAUGGGCGGACUGAGUACCACGCCUGGGCUGCUGGUGUGUCAUCUGUGCCAUGAGAAGUUUCUGGACCUGGAGCGCCUCAGCGGCCACCUCUAUGUUGUACACAAGGUCACAUACCGCAACAGCUAGCCCCAGUCACCCCUGUCAGCGGCCUGGGUCACCUCCACCCAGCGGCCAACACCCCCUGCCAGCCACCAGUCAACCGAGGGGCCUCUCUGUUCCCGACUGUCAUCCCUUCCUCCCGUGGCCCCCAGUGGUGUGCUGCGCUCUGUCCCUCAGUGCUGCAGGAAGCUGGUGCUGUGAGUGUGUGCGUCUGUGACUGUGUUCCCCAAGCUAUCAGUGUGGAGGGUGAUGAUGAUAAUGAAAAUAAUGAUAAUAAUAAUAAUAAUGAUGAUCCUUUGUGAAGGUUUCAUCAGACAGAAAUAUGGUAACGAGAACUGUUUUGAUGACAUAACAAAUAGAAAUCUAGAGGAAACGUCAAUUUACAUGAAACUAAUUUAAAUGGAUUCAGUAUUGAUCAUAGUGUGCUAUGAAAGUGUUGACAUGACAGUCAGACGUUCUGAAGUGAGUGACUUGUGCGUCUGAGGUGAACAGUGACGGCUCAAUACUACAAGUAUAAGUGAAUAUUUUAGGUACCAAAUGUGUGGAUUUUAUAAGUCUAUCAAGACACCUUAAAUUAUGCAUCAAAUGAAUCUUAGUUUCAUCAAAGCCUGGAACAGGUUUGAGGGUUUAGGAAAUCAUUGUGAUAUUUUUUCAUAUAGGCUUCUGAUAUUACCGAGGACUCUGAGGCUGUCCGGAGGACGAGACAGACUGAUAUUAGGGCCCCAGCGAGCGGGGCGUCGGGCGGUGCGUGUGACGUGAUGCUCAAGUGUGGUGUGUGUGUGGGUGCUGCCUGGACUGUCUUACUUCCAGUACACGGCUGAUGCAGCUAAUACUACUAAUCUACGUGUGAAGACAUCAUCGUCUGUGUAUUUUUAUUGUAAAUUGUUUGUACUGAACUACCUUGUAUAGACACUGUGCCAAUAUCAGCUCACCUUUUUUGAUUUCGUGGGAGACGGACAGACGGAUCAUCUUCAGUUGUGUAAUGUUAAGUGUAUCCUCUGCUGUGCUCAAGGGCAUGGGAGCUUGUUGACCCUCGCUAGACACACCGUGUACCGUCACCAUCACCGCCGUUCUUGUGUUGUGGGCUGUGUGCCGCCCGCCCUGUGCUCACGGUGCCGCCAAUUUUGUGACUGGCCAUAUUUUUACCUGGUGGACUCAAAAUGUCAUCAUCUUAUUUUUGCUGUACUAGUUGUAGAGUUUGUAUGAAUGUCAAAUGUUUUAACUUGCCAUAGGGAAAGAUAUUUUGGUGAAGAAUAUUAAUGUUUUUAUACGUAACGUAACUAAAGGAGGCAAGUCAUUUCUUGGUGGUGGUGCUGCCCGGGGGACCACUGGGGUGCCUGCUGCUGCCCAUCCAUCAAUUAAUAUUUGGCAUUCAUUUACAACUGAGGCUGAGAAAAAUACCAUCAAUUCAUAGGUAUUAAAAAUUAAUCAUCACUUUAAAAAAAAAUAUCAUUAACUGCUGAUGUUUACAGGAUUAAAACUAGACGUCAUCAGUAACGCUCAUUUAGGUGUUGACUCGUGAACAGACACUCAUCAUGCACAGUGCCCCAGUCAGCACCCAGAGCAGCACUGCCACAUCCUGCCUGCGUGUAAGGUGUCCUCGUUAACGUGGCAUACAGUGAUGACAAGGGGAGGGAGAGGGUCACCUGGGGCCGUUUUAUAAGUGACGGUGGCCUUCCUAGCUUAUAUCGAGCUUAAAACUGCAUUGCUGACUAAUUUUCCCGUGCAAGUCCGAGAUCCAGUAGUCCCUUUAAGUUGACCCCCCUCCCUCCUCAGUGGGCGAGGCUAACGCGCCACACUGUACGCACACUAAGGUGACUGCCCGAGCUGGUUGUAGGACCACCUCACGCCGGGGAGUGGCAACGCUGUGCCCGGACAGCUGCACAACUAUGAGGGAGCACAAACUAACCAACCAACCGACCGACAAUCCUUUUGUACUUGAGGCAAAUAAUGAGGUGUAGCACUGUGUGAGAGAGAGUGAGAAAGAGCUUGAGACAGAGCAAGAGUGAGAGACAAAGAGAGAGUGAGUGAGAGCAAGAGCAAGAGAAAAAGAGAGCAAGAGUGAGAGAAAUAGAGCAGGAGAAAAAGUGUGAGAGUGAAAGAGAGAGCGAGUGAGAAAGCAAGCAAAAAAGGGAGUGAGAGCAAGAGAGAGGGAGAGAGUGAGCAUGAGUGAGUGAGAGAGCAUCAGGGAAUAAAUUGGUACUUUUAAUGUUAACUGUCAGUCUCUGGGAGCAUACUUUUUUUUGUUGCUAUAAAGUUUAUUCAGUGGUUUUUAAAACUUGUAGAAACAUGUACAUCAAUCGUUGUUAUAUUUCGUAAAUGUAAGAAGAAAAACCCAUCAUCAUGUCCCUCAGCAUUUUUGACCCGUUUGUUGAUGAUGUCUGAGUCUUCAAGUGUGUUAUGUUGCUUUUCCCGGACCGCUGCUGGGCGACCAACGUUUGUAGCGAGGAGAGUGUUGAUGGCAAAUGACCAUUUCUCAGUGUGGUAAGAUAGAGCAUCUGGCUGGGUGAAUCUUUUUGUCAUGUUGGUAGAAGAAAAGUGACAGGACUAGCAUUUUUGUUGUGAGGAGAGUGCUGAUAGCAAAGGACCAUUUCUGUGUGGUAAGAUAAGAACGUUUAGCUGGGUGAUACUUUUGUCAUGCUGGUAAAGAAGGUGACGAGACAACCAUUUCUUAAGUGUAGGAAGGAAGAAUGGAAGGUGUUGAGAGCCAGGAGUUGACUGGAUGGAACGAUUUGUCAUGAGGUGUAAAAUAGAAUAGCUGACUUGUUGAGAGUUUUUGGGUGUUGGGAGAAGAGAAAUUAGCAAGUCAAAAGAGGUUUUCAAUGUAGGAAGAGAGAGCUGGCUGGCUGGGGUUGAGGUUGAGUAUUAACAGAUUUGAUAAGACAAUUUUGGCUGAUUGGCUGAGAGUCUUAGGGAUUGGGAAGGAGAAGAGCUGACAAGACAAAAACGUUUCUCAGUAUAGGAAGAGAGAAUAGCUGACAAUUGGGAGAAGAGUUGAGAAAAAAAAUGCAGUUUGGAUUGAGUGGUUGAGGAAGUGUGGGUAUUGAGAGGAGAAGAGUUGACACAACGAAAGUUUCUCGGUGUAGGAAGAGAGAACAGCCGGCUGGUUGUGUUUGUGUGUUAGCAGAGUUGAUAGGACAGAAGAUGAUAGGACAGAAGUCACAGAACCAUUACUUGGCUAACUAAGAUACAAUGACUGACUGGGUAAGAGAUACAGCUGGGCCAGAGAGACAGAACAACACCAGGAUUAUUUUUUCACCUAUUGCCAACUUUCAUAUAAUUUUUAAGUGUCACCUUAUCAGUCUGUGCUUUCGUGUCUGGGGCUAGCAAGUCACUAGGAAGAUGGCUGGGCUGCAAGUCCCUUCCUCUUCCCCCUUUCUCAGCUGGCCCCAUGCUCUCCAUUCCCUUCUCUAGUAUCCUGGGAGGGUGCAGAGGAGAGAAGGAAGGCUCACAGGAAGGCAACAGGUAGAGAUGGCUCAGAAUAUAAACCCUCAGAAAGCAAUCCAUCAUGUUUUUGUUGUUUGCUGUCAACAAUCUGAGGGUGCUCAUAGGAGAAAAAAAGACAUAGUAAAGGGAAGGGAGAGCAUUUUAUUCCCUGUUGUGAGUAUGUAUUGCAAUGGUGUGUGCAAAUUAGUACCUAAAGCCUGAUUGUUUUGGCCACCUCGAACGACCUUGUUUAUGUAUAGAAAUGGUAAGUGUUGAUAAAGGGGUCAUCUGAUAUGCCUUAUGUAGAGAUUGGAAGUACAUAUAUACCUUUUUUUAUGUAUUUAUUUAUUUAUUCAUUAUUAUUAUUAUCAUUAUUUGUGCUCUGUUAAACUGCAUCAUGUGAAAAAAAGGCAAAUCACCAGGAAGAGAAAGUAAUAUUGUACAGUUAGCAAAUGAGAUUUUUUUUUUUUUUUGAGAAGUUGUGUUUGAAGUAUUUAAAGUUUAUUACUUGAGUUUAAUGCAAUUGUUUCUGUCUUCUCCAACUAUUGAUUAAGCAGUGUUGAGGGGCCUGUGAGGUCUUGUGCUGUGUUGUGUUGCAUUGUGUUGCAGCUAAAAGUGUGUGUGUGUGUGUGUGUGUGUGUGUGAGAGAGAGAGAGAGAGAGAGGUAUAUUUGCUAUUCUGUCAGUGGCAUCAAGAGGCAAUAGUUCUUGUAUUAUUAUUAUUAUUAUUAUUAUUAUUAUUAUUAUUAUUAUUAUUAUUAUUAUUAUUAUACCCGUGACAUUUGAAAGAUAUGGACAGAAAUCAAAGAAUAUCAAAUAAAUGCCACCUACAGUGAAGUCCUCCCUGUAGUUUGCUUGCUGUAUCAACCAAAAAAGAAAAAAAAAGUAGAAAUAAUAAA